GUGGUCACUGUGAGAGCGAGAGAUGUCUAAAGAAAACGGGAAGGAAAAUUAUAUUUUUCCUUGAUCUUAAACUAACUUGCUAGCUAUUUCAAGUGGUAUUUAGAUAGCUAUUCCGGUUUCAUGUUAUUGUUUUUAUGGAUAUGAAAACGUCCAGACAAAGAGAAACAGAACGUGAAGCUCCGUUUUGCUUAAUCACCCUUCUGUUACCAGAAGCAGAUCAUAUGGAAGAAGGGGCACAUUGAGGGAGCCCACACAACCAAGACCUGCAUUCUCAAGUUUGCUGUAUAUACUGGGAUGAUUAUUCUCUUCAUAAGUGGAUAAAAUGCCCUGACUUCCAUGCAAUGGAGGGUUUAAGCUUCUCUAUGGGUUCAGUGGUGAUUCCCAAGACCUUGCUGCGCAUUCAAUGCUUUGGUGCAGCGGUCCUGGGGCUGAUCGUCUUGGUUACGAUGAUCACAUCAGCUUCACCUGCAGCAGUAGACUGUUCUUCGUUGGAUCCCACCGUGUUGGAUGAGUUUCAGGAAGAAGCAUCAAGCUGGACUGAAUCACCCUCAGCCUUAUUCGUUUCACACACUGAGGCCUUUGAGCACCCAGACGACACAACAACUACAGCUCUCCCUUCACCUGGUCACCUACCACCUGAAUCUACGCUAACACUUACUCAAUGGGGUAUUUCAGCUUCUCAAAACUCCAAAUCAUUGACUUCUAGAGAUCCACUCCCCAUUGGUCCAGACCCUCUCUCCACUCCCACUUUAAGCUCCUCAGAGCCUGUGGUUGGCCUUCAGCAACAACCUAAAGGCCCUACCAGACUCUCAAGGGAGCUGAAGCUCUAUGGUCCUAACUCAACCAUGGCAAUUUUCUCUCCAACCCUUGUUACAGUACCACCUCAGAAACCUCUCGGACCACAGUCCAACAAAUCCACAACACCCUUGAACUUCUCUACAGCCACCAGUUGGACUACAUUGGUACAGUUCAUUGUUCCAAACUCUAAUGAGAGAGCUCCAGAUGAACCUCCAUUAUUAUCCCCCAGCAACCAGCAAGACGCAUCAAAACAUACAACUCCUGCAUUUAUGACAUCACUUCCUGUUGGACCCCUCGACCAGCCUAGACUGCCUGUUGACAAUCUGGUAGAUGUAGAAGCCCAGUCAGACCAAGCCAGGCCAGAGUCUAAACAUAAUCCAGGCAUGUCCCAGAGUUUAGGCGAUCUCUUGCUGGAUCCCAAACUGCCCCUUGAUCCCUCAAGUAGGUUAAUCUAUCUGGAUCACCUUCGCCCCAGCAGUGAGCUCAUGCAGAAGGACGAUGCUGCUCAAGAUUUCCACAUGCUCCCGAAACCAUCACCUGAGAUGCAGCUGGCUCCCAGCUACGUGCCUUUUCUGAACCCUCACACCACAUCCUCCUCGUCCGAGCCCACCAUGGUCCCUCCUGAGGACUUCUUCCCCACCAACACCAUGGUGGUGGAUUGGGGCUCCGGAGACUACCCAGAGACCGCGUCCUACAUGGGCUUGGAAAGGGACGACUUCUCCCUGGUCACCAACCUGCCCACGGACAUGUACGACCUGGAGGACUCCAACGCGGAAAGCUACGACACCUCCUUCCCCUCCAGGGUCGGCGUGUCCUUCUCCUCGAUGCGUCACAUGACGUCUUCACCUAUUCUCACAACAGCGGCUUACAGCUCUAGCGUUGGAAGUGUGGCCCCCACGUCCGUUCCUCUCUCCAUCCAUCCCUCUCCCAGUCACCCCACGCUAGCCUCAACACAAAUACUAACACCUCAAGGGGAUUUACCAGGCGGUUCAGAUGUUGACUGGGCAGAUACCUUUAUGGUUGAACCAACAGACCUUCUCUUACCAGACAUGAACAGCCUGGAGUACUACACCAUCCAGCUGACCAAGGAAGACUCAGAAGAACACAGGGGCACUAACGUGACCACCACCUCCAGGCAUUUCUCCCUGAUGUCCAUCAGCACCACUCACAUCGUGGCCACUAGCACCUUCACUGUGGACCUCAGCCACAUGCUCACAGCCUUCUAUGGAGUGGAUGGAGUGGAGGUCCAGCCUUCUGACAACACUUCCUGGAUCGAAGAGUCCUCCGCUGAUAUCUCCAGCUCAGAGCCUCUGAAUACGACCACCGCGGACACUACGGAGAUGACUCCGCUGAAUGUCACAGUGCCAUUCCUGGAGGCUUCAGUAGCGCCAACUCCCUCCAUGGACCUCUCGUCCUCCCUGUGGGGUGUCACUGGUCAGGUGUCCGGUGAAUGGACGAGCCCUGUGGCCACCUCCAGUGUCGGACUGGACAACAGCUCUGUCUUAGUGUCAGUGCAGCCUAGUGCUACUGCCUCGGAGACAGACAUCCUGUGGUACGUCUCUCCCUCCGCCACAGAGACGGCCCUCCUCAGCACCUCUCUCGUAACUCCUGUGGUGACCACCUCUAUCGCCUACCCUCCAUUUCCCGGCCAGACAGAAUUACCCCCCAAUGUCACCUCAGGCCCGACAGAACCAGCCACCAAUGCCACCACCAUCCCCCCGGUGUCAGUCAUGGCUGACCAAGGCGUUGAUACUGAUAGUCCUGUCACAGCAGUGACCAACGACAGCCAGACUACAGUUAGCGGUGUAGACAUCUCCACAACUGAUCCUGCCACCACCACCACUACUACUACCAGCAUCACCACUGAGGCCUCUACAACCACUCCUCUGGCCACCACCACUACCACCACCCUCCUAACUACUACUAAGAGCCCGCCUACAACCAUCGGUCGCCAGUACCUCUGCAACGUCUCCAAGCCUGUGUACUUUGUUGAAGUCGGUUUUCCGGCUGGGGCCACUGUUGGAUUUGCCAAAUCCCAAGUCCGAGAUGUCCUGAAGACUGAGUUCAAUAAGUCAGUUGAACUGCAGGUUGCUAAGAAUCCUCCAGCCUUUGUGUUCCGGGCAGUGUCGGGUCCUGUGGUGUACACGGCCAUAUCAGUCAUCAACGCCCUGCGCCAGUCAAGUCGACGCUUCCUGUCCAUCUCACACUACUGGAAGGUACCAGACCACCAGUACCAGGUCCACUCAGUGCUGCAGUUUGUGCCCAGGCACAUUGACGUGCGCGUCUGCAACUUCAGCGAGCGCAUUGAGAAAGGCCUGACCAUGGCGUAUGCCGAAGUGCGCCGGCGCCUGCAGGAGUCCACAAACUUCACUGUGGAUAUUGUGAACAUCACCAUGAACCAGCCAAGUAGUCAGCAGAGGGAGCCGGUGGAUGUGACUUUUGCGGUGCGUGGGGCCAUCGGCUACCUGAAGGGGUCAGAGGUCAGCAACCACCUGAGGCUGCUCAACAUGGUGGAAUUCAGCUACUACCUGGGCUUCCCCGUGCUGCAGAUCGCCGAGCCUUUCCACUACCCGGAGUUGAACACCACCCAGUUGCUUCGCUCGUCUUGGGUUAGAACAGUGUUGCUGGGUGUGCUGGAUCAGGGGGUGGACGAGCGGAUCUUCCAGGCCAAGAUGGAACGUCGUGUGGCCCUGCUGCUAGGAGAAGUGCUGGGGGCGGCCAGGCGCACCAAGAGGGCCACCAGCGUGGCUAACCACAGUGUUCAGAUUGUGAGUACGACCAGGCUGGUGGGAGCGGAACACCCCCUGGAGAUGGUGUACUUUGUGGAGGGUCCCAGCGGGGAGCGGCAGCCUGCAAUCACUACAGCCAACAUGCUGAACCGCCUUGACGUGCAGAGGGCAGCCAUCAUACUGGGAUACAGAGUGGAGGGCAUCCUGGCUACACCUGUGGAGAAGGUGGCGGGCUACCCUCCCACGGACACGGAGAACACCAGCGUGUGGAUCAUCGUCGGCGUGGUGGUGCCGCUAGGCGUGGCCGUCGUCAUCAUCUCCAUCCUGUACUGGAAGCUGUGUCGCACCGACAAGCUGGACUUCCAGCCCGACGCCGUGACCACUGUCCAGCAGAGACAGAAGCUCCAGGCUCCCAGUGUGAAGGGCUUUGACUUUGCCAAGCUGCACCUGGGCCAGCACAGUAAGGAUGACAUCAUGGUUAUCCAGGAGGCUGGCGCUCCCGGCCCUCCCUUGCCCAACCCCAGCGCCAAGGAAGCCGCAUCGGAGAACGGUGAGGUCCCCACCCCUAAGUCAAAGGGGACCUCCGUCUCCUCCACCAAGGCGUCCCGCAGCACACGCAGACGAGGAAGGUCAGUAGACCGCGACAGUUUUUGUGACUACGUGCUUACUUGCGUUUGUGUGUGGCUUUCCGGGGACAGGAUCUCUCCAUCGGACGGGGACUCCAUGGUGAGUGCCGGGUCCAGUGAUCGUGAGAGGGAGUCAGCCGAGGAGAACCUGAGAGCUAUCGCCAUGCCAAACGACAGCAAGCAGGCCCGCAAGAUCCCCAUCAAUGUUUUAAAUGGUCCUCCACCCAUGAACGGCCAUGACGAGCAGCUGUCGUCGGCCUCCAUCUUCGAGCAUGUGGACCGCAUGUCCCGCUCAGCCGACGACAGCCGGCGCUUGUCCAAUAAGAUCCAGCUGAUCGCCAUGCAGCCCAUGGCCUUCCCAGCCCUGCGCCACGGCGCCACUGUCAACGGUAUCAAUGGCAGUGGGCAAGAAACACACAACAUCUUCAACAAGGAGACCCAGGUGGCGUUGAGGCACAAGUCUGAGAUCGAGCACCACCGGAACAAGAUCCGUCUGCGGGCCAAGAGGAAGGGUCACUAUGACUUCCCUGCCAUGGACGACCUGGUGGACAACGGUCUGACCACUGACCCCAAGGACCAGGACCGCAUCUACCACAAGGCCCAGAUGCAGAUCGACAAGAUCCUGGACCCCGACAUCCACAUGCCCUCGCUGUUCAUGGAGCCUAAAAAGAGUGGCAGGGGGAGGCGUUCUCCCAAGCAGAAGAAGAAGCACCAGCUGAACGGCAGCCUGACGGAUGCAGACAAGGACCGCCUCAUCUCCAACGACAGCGACGGCACCUACAGGAAAUACCCUGGGGUCAACAACGUGGCCUAUGUGUCGGACCCUGACCAGGCCCCAGAGUCCGGGACCCCCUCCCCCAACGACGACGUCUUCCUUGGCCCCAACUCGCCCCCUCCGGGGCAUGCCCCUCCCCCGCCCCCCUACAUGCCCCCCCAGCCCUCCAUCGAGGAGGCCCGGCAGCAGAUGCACUCUCUGCUGGACGAUGCCUUUGCCCUGGUCUCCCCCACUUCCCAGGGCAGCACGGCCGGCCUCACCCAAACUGGUGUCAACUCCAACCUCCCCAGCUCCAGUCCCCCACCCCGCGGUGGAACCCGCCCCUGGGGCUCGUCUUACCCAGCACUCAGCCCCUUCUCCUCGGUGAGUCUGUAUGGCCUCCCCCUCCACAGCUCUAUUGAUUCACUAACACCUCUGGGGCCUACUGACAGCUCUCCUGCUUGGUCCUUGUCCUGCUACAGACGAGUGCAAUUGACACCGAAGGGUGUCUCGUAAGUUCGAGGUUUUUGGGGGGGAUUUUACCGGCUUUC